AUGAUCAGCACGAUCAGCGGUGGCCCCACUCUGGCGGGACCCUCUAACCGUUCGAUGAAGCAGUAUGUGCGUGCCGCCCACUGCCCUCAGGUCUUCGGCAUAGAAGACGAUCGGUGCCGAAAGUUGCCGAAGGUGGGAUGGGAGCUCAUCACAUUUUGUGAAGAAGAGGAGGGGAUCAUCUACCCCCACGAUGACCCAAUGAUUAUUCGGGCCGAGAUCGCCGAUUACGAUGUGGGUCGGGUGCUGAUUGACACCGGAAGCUCGGUGAACGUAAUUUUUGCCAAUGCGUUCAAGGGACUGGAGAUUGCCGACAGCAUGGUCAAUCGGCAAAUCACGCCUCUCCUCAGUUUUUCUGGAGAUCUGGUCCAACCAGUCGGUAGCAUCAGUCUGCCCAUCGCCCCUAGGAAAACAAUGACCUACGACCAAUUCCUCAUUGUCGAUUGCCCAACGGCAUACAACGUCAUCAUAGGGCGAACGACACUCACCAGGGUCAAAGCCCACCUAUCUCCCCACAUGUUGCUGAUGAAAUUCCAACACGCAACGGUACCGGCGUCAUCCGGGGUGAUCAGCUCGGCGCACGGACGUGCUAUGCCACGGCCCUUAAGUCGAUAG